AUGAGAGCAUUUCAGAAGUACACCUUCCAGAAGAUGUUAGUUCCCAAUCCUGCUGAUAUAAAGAUGUUUUCAAAAAGUCUGCUCUUCUUACUGUUCCUGGUAUCAGCACAAAGUCAGGAUGAUGGAAAAGACGUGUCGUGCACUUUGGAUGAUGGAUCAAUUGGCGAAUGUGUCCCGUACUACCUGUGCAACCUCAACAAGACUAUCGAGGACGCGGGCCAGAACAUUAUCGAUAUCAGGGCCGGGGACGAUGAAGGUGGCUGCGAGUCAUAUCUCGACGCAUGUUGCAAGUCUGAGGACAAGCAAGAAACUCCUGUUACACCGAAGGUAGAACCAAUGGAACAGCGGCAGGGUUGUGGAUGGCUCAACCCAAAUGGAAUAGGUUUCAGUAUCACAGGAAACGUCGAUGGAGAGGCCAAUUACGGAGAGUUCCCUUGGAUGGUUGCAGUUCUGAGAGUUGAACUUGUUGAUGAAGAUGACCCUACUGGUACCAAGCUGAGCCUGUACGUGGGUGGUGGCUCUCUGAUAACACCCAACGUGGUUUUGUCAGCGGCACAUUACGUCGCCGCAAACAAUUCAUUCAAGAUCAGAGCUGGAGAGUGGGAUACACAGACUACUAAAGAGAUCUAUCCCCAUCAGGAAAGGGAUGUCAUCUCUAAGGAGAUACACGCCAAUUUCCAUCCAGGGACCCUAUUCUUCGAUGUAGCCCUCUUGUUCCUUAAGAAGCCAGUGGAACUGGCGAAGCACAUCGGGCUAGUAUGUUUGCCACCGCCAAAACUGAUAACUGCCGCCGGCACCAGAUGCUUCGCCACUGGCUGGGGAAAAGACAAAUUUGGAAAAGAUUCUCGUUACCAGACUCUGUUGAAGAAGAUCGAUGUUCCUGUGGUGGAGCGAAACGCCUGUCAAGCAGCUCUUCGCAAGACCCGCCUUAGCAAAUAUUUCAAGCUGCACGCUUCCUUCAUGUGUGCUGGCGGGGAGAAGGACAAGGAUGCCUGCAAGGGAGAUGGUGGUUCUCCUCUUUCUUGUCCUAUCGAGCAACACAAAGGACGUUAUAUGCAGAGUGGUAUAGUCGCCUGGGGUAUCGGAUGCGUUUUGUAUUUGGAAACAUAUUUUCGUAACAAGAUGUUCAAAACAUUGCCGCUUCUACUAGUACUGGCAGUGGCCCACUGCCAGGUGGGAAACAAUGGUGAUCUGGAAUCUGUGAUUCAAGGUAUCUUCGGUACUCCCAACGACAACGUGACAGUGACGUCCCUUGUAGACAAAAAGGGACCUUCGACGAUUGUACCUCCCAUCAACACCAAUAAGGGUGAUGAUAGCGAUCUAUCCUGUACCAUGGAUGAUGGCAGUACCGGUGAGUGUGUUAACUACUACCUCUGCGACAAAAACAAUACAAUUAUUGACGACGGCGCUGGUGUUAUUGAUAUUCGUGGCGGCGGGGGUCCCUGCGAGUCAUACAUGGACUCAUGUUGUUUGCCUCGCAACGUCAGACAACCAGACAACCCUAUCAAACCCCCACCACAGCCAACGAGAGAAGGCUGUGGAUGGCGCAAUCCUAAGGGUGCUGACUUAAGGACUACCGGCGAGACUGCUGGAGAGACCAAGUUUGGAGAGUUCCCUUGGAUGGUUGCCAUACUCAAGAUCGAACCCGUCAACGAAAGCGAGCCUGAUGGUCAGAAGCUGAACGUAUACGUCGGUGGUGGGUCCCUGAUCGCACCCAGUGUAGUUCUUACGGCUGCCCACUAUGUAGCUAGUUCUAGUGCUUUAAGGAUCAGAGCUGGAGAGUGGGACACUCAGAGUACGAAGGAGAUUUAUCCGUUCCAGGACAGAGAUGUCGCCUCUGUGGAAGUACACAAGGAUUUCAACAAAGGAAACCUAUUCUACGAUGUUGCUCUCCUAUUUCUGUCCGAGCCUGUGGUUUUGGCUCCUAACGUAGGAGUAGCCUGUUUACCACCACCACGGCAGAGAACUCCUGCUGGCACUGAGUGCUUCGCUACUGGAUGGGGAAAAGACAAAUUCGGCAAGGAAGGACGUUACCAAGUGAUUAUGAAAAAGAUUGAAAUUCCAGUAGUAGAACGAAACGCUUGUCAGACAGCUCUUCGCAAGACUCGUCUUGGUAGAUUCUUCCAGCUGCACACUUCAUUCAUGUGCGCCGGCGGUGAGAAGGGCAAGGACACCUGCAGAGGAGACGGAGGAUCUCCACUAUCCUGUCCUAUUCAGUACGAAGAAGAGCGUUACAUGCAGAGUGGUAUUGUGGCGUGGGGCAUUGGGUGCGGUGAGGAUGGCACCCCAGGUGUAUACGUGGAUGUCUCCUUCGUGAGAGAUUGGAUCGACGACAAGAUAGUAGGCAAGGGUGUGGACCCUAGAAUUUACUCUGUCUAA